UUCAUCUUCCGUCUGUUCGCUAUGGUCGACAACAAACCAUCGCUGAGUCGUCUCUUGUGGCCCAUUGGCUUGAUAUUGCAACCAGCCCUCUCAGCUCAAUACGCUACAUCAGAUAGUACAACACCUCACGACAAUCUGCAAAACUGUUCAUGUUAUGUCAUAAACUCCGGUUCCGACUCCAACACGCCUUCUUACUUUCAAUACUAUCGCUUUUACGACUUUCGAAACUUAGCAGACGACUCCGAGCAGCUCACAAAUGUCCCCCCUCUCCUCGACACUGCGCAAGGCGCCGCAGAUGCAAGCGUAGGGAAUGCAGACAUUCUCGGUAGCGGCGCAUGGAACACGGAUUGGAACAUUCAGAACUGGAGUAAACCCUCCACGCCAGACUUCCCCAUACCGAUGGUGAAUUCUCCAGCAAACGUUUACAUCCAGCAAAAUAAUGUGAACGAUGAUGACUUCACGUUCCUCACCCUACGAACAAACCGCGUCAGUGGGUCUCAAAUCGCAGCAGAGAUAGAAAACAUGCAGAAAAAUCUAAUGCACGUCUCUAUGAGAAUGUAUGCACGAGUCACUGGAGCAAAGGGGGCCGUUGCUGGGUUCUUCACUUUUUACGACGACGACAACGAAACCGACAUUGAGAUACUGACGAGAGAUCCCACCGACACCAUCCGCUACACGAAUCAGCCUUCAGUCGACAAAGACGGCAACGAAAUCGCGACAGCUUCUCUCGCACCUCAGAAGUUGGCAACAUGGGAAGAAUGGCAGAGCCAUCGCAUCGAUUGGCUGGACAAGAACAGUUUCUGGUACUUGAAUGGAAAACAAGUCGCGGCGAACACCUAUUCGGUUCCUCGGAAGCCCAGUGGGUUGACGGUCAACAUGUGGUCCGACGGCGGAGAAUGGUCCGGGAACAUGACUGAGGGCGACUCCGCAGAGUUCCAGAUUCAGUGGAUCGAGAUGACCUUCAACACAAGUGGCCCAGUGGAGGGCCCCAAAAAGGACAAACGCGACGCGGAGCUGUUACAAAAGAGGAAGAAGAAGGAGAAAGGAUGCGAAGUUGUUUGUAAGAUCGAUGAUGUUGAGAAGGUUGGUACACCGGAGAUUGUCAGCGUUAACUACAGUAUGGCUGGCAGUGUGUCGGUGUCAUGGGGACUGUUGGCUGUAGGCCUACUAACACUUUCCCCGCCAAACAACCACCACCCUUCAUCCCCAACCUACACAGUAAUACCUUACAACUCGAUUGCCAACAUGACUACUUCCAUUGAUUCUGAGCUUCUCAAGCAAUACCUUGCCGACAAUCCCCCUACGGUCGUUCCCCUAGCUAUUAAGCCCCACUUUGAAGCUCUCACAGACAAAGAGAAGCUAUACGCCCAUCACAUCUCAGUAGCCUGCUGGGCAGGUACGCGUAUCGUCCUACGACAGGUCUCACCUGAGGCUGAAGACAUCUACGACUUCAUUGUCACGCUCCACAAGCACUGCAAAGGCGACUACUCAGCCAUCGCUAAGGAAGCAGGUCUCUCUGAAGAUGACCUCGAGGCUUACCUCAACUACUCUGCACAGUUCCUCGGGAACCUCGGCAAUUACAAAUCAUUUGGUGACUCCAAAUUCGUACCACGUCUCGAUGCUCGACAGCUAAAGGCAUUGGCUACUACAUCUCCAUCGGCUCUUUCACUGUACGAGAAGUUCAAGGACGCUAUAUACGCAGGGAACGACGCGGGCAAGCUGCAUCUGGGAUACCCUGGUUCGGGCCAUGUGUCAACAUACUACCCGGACAGCCCGGAUAUCACACAAGAGGAGAUCGCCAAAAUCAGUGACUUCUUGGAGGGCAAGCGGUUGUUGCCAGAGAAUACAAGGGUCAAAAAGACAUCAGAAGGCUACGAAGUCUUGAUCGCUAGUGCCCAACCAGACCCAUCGUCAGGGGAUCGAGAUCUGAGCGAGAGUGAAUGGACAAUGGAUAGCAAGAAAGUCAAGCUAGUUUUCGGUGACUAUUCCAAAGAAAUGGAGACUAUUGCGCAUCACAUGGCAGAGGCGAAGAAAUACGCGGCAAAUGAGAACCAGGCAAAUAUGAUGGAGCAAUACGCAAAGAGUUUCCGUACCGGGUCAUUGGAAGCGUACAAGGAGAGCCAGCGGUAUUGGAUCAAAGACAAGGGCCCAGAGGUUGAGACGGACGUGGGUUUCGUCGAGACUUACCGUGAUCCACACGGUAUUCGAGGUGAAUGGGAAGGAUUCGUUUCUAUGGUCAACAAGGAACGGACAAAAGCCUUUGGAAAACUGGUGGAUUCUGCACCGAAGCUGAUCCCAUUGUUGCCCUGGGAGUCUGAAUUUGAGAAAGACAAGUUCCUGAGCCCUGAUUUCACAUCACUCGAGGUCCUGACGUUCUGCGGUUCAGGUAUCCCUGCAGGUAUCAACAUUCCCAACUACGACGACAUUCGACAAAAUCUUGGCUUCAAGAACGUGUCACUCGGUAACGUUUUGUCAGCGAAAGCGCCCAACGAGUCGAUUCCUUUCAUCAAGCCGGCGGACUUGGAAGUUUACAACAAAUACCGCGAUCCCGCUUUCGAAGUUCAAGUCGGUCUUCACGAGCUUCUAGGUCAUGGUUGCGGUAAACUACUACAGGAGACAUCUCCCGGCGAAUACAACUUCGAUAUCAACAACCCGCCCGUCUCACCACUCACUCACAAACCCAUCACAACGUACUAUAAGCCAGGACAGACAUGGGGAUCUGUGUUUGGCACAAUCGCUGCUUCGUAUGAAGAAUGUCGUGCCGAGUGUGUUGCUAUGGCCCUUUCUUGCGAGUUCCCCAUCCUCGAGCUGUUUGGCUUUGGAAACGGGAAGGAAGACAUCAACGGCGAAGCUGGUAACGUACUCUUUGCUGCCUAUCUUCAGAUGGCGCGUGCCGGUAUCGCUGCUCUGGAAUUCUGGGAUCCGAAGUCUCGCAAAUGGGGACAGGCCCAUAUGCAGGCCCGAUUCUCCAUUCUCCGCACGUUCCUUAACGCCGGUGUUGAGUUUUGCGAGCUCGAAUGGGAGAAGGACGAUCUUUCAGAUCUUACAAUCCGUCUGGAGCGCUCCCGUAUCCUUGAUCUCGGUCGGAAGGCCGUAGAAGAGUAUCUGCAGAAACUGCACAUAUACAAGAGUACAGCAGAUUACGAGGGUGGAAAGAAGAUGUACGAUGAGAUCACGACUGUCGAGCCAUUCUAUGAGAACAAGGUGCGGCCUGCAGUCCUCAAGAACAAAACACCACGGAAGGUGUUUGUGCAGGCGAACACUAUAGAGGAAGGCGGUAAAGUGGUGUUGAAAGAGUACGAAGCCAGUCCCAAGGGUAUGAUCGAGAGUUACGCGGAUAAGGCAUACGUUUAG